GGGAAAGUCAGAUUUCUUCUGAAGCAAAGAGAUGCGUUGAGCCAGGCAUUCGGACAGCUUGGAGCAACUUCCCUGCUUUGAUGGAAUCUAAACUCACAAGACUUAUCUGGAGCCUUGCUGUGGGACAAAAGACUCCCCUAGCUAUCUGUUAGCACUCUGGGUACCAAUUCCAGUUUCAUUUGGCCUCCUUCAUGCGUCAGAGAAGAAGGCGCAAUGAACAGCUCCUCCGGUCUCAUGGGGAUGGAGAGCCUGCUGGAGCCGUGGAAACCAGAGAACAUCUCCUCUGUGGUGGGACAAGUCAACAAGAGUCAAGAACUGGGCCGGGAGGAACUGGAGAAACUUCUCUUUCUGUUCGACAAGGAGCCAGUCACCAUCAGCCUCACCAUCAUGUACUUGGCCUCCUUUUUGGUGGGCUUUGUUGGCAACAUCAUGUCACUCAGGAUGCUCACCCAGAAGCGCAACAGCCAGAUGCCUCGACUGAGCGCCACCAGGAGCCUCCUGAUCAACCUGGCCAUCUGUGACCUGAUGGUGGUCUGCAUCUGUAUGCCCAUCACCGCAGGCAACUUGGUCUACAAGGCCUGGGUCUAUGGGGACUUUCUGUGCAGGACUGUGCCAUUUAUCCAGGCGGUGUCUGUCUCAGCCAGUGUCCUCAGCCUCACAGUGAUCAGCUUGAACCGGUAUUACAGCGUGCACAACCCACUCAAUGCCAGGUCUUUCUUCACCCGUCGGAAGAUCUGGAGCACCAUUCUGGUGGUCUGGGUCAUCUCCUCAGGGAUCUGCAUGCCCCUUAUAUUUAUGAACAAAAUGGAUGAGAUCGGAGUAGUCCCAGGUCUUCUGCUGGCCUUCCCCAUCUGCAGGGAAGUCUGGCCUCAGGAGCGGGUCAAGCAAGCCUACAGCUUCCUCCUCUUCUGCAUCCUCUACUGCCUGCCAGUAUUGUUCAACAUGGUCAUCUGCUGCCUGACUGUCCAUAGGCUCUGGAGUCCCACCAGACCCUUGAAGGACUGCACCACUUUGAACCAGACAUUGCCACCUUCCAGGUUGAAGAUUCGCAAGAAGGUAGCCCAGAUGGUGGUGGCUUUGGUCCUGCUCUUUGCCAUCUCCUGGCUGCCCAUUUAUAUGAUGGACAUCUGGAUUGAGUUCAACAGCCCCAAGUCCUUGCAGGAGGUGGCUCCAUCGCCUUGGGUCCUGGAGCUCCGACCGUUUGCUCAGUGGCUCAGCCUCACCAACUCCAGCCUCAAUCCCAUCUGCUAUUGCUUUGUUGGCAACCUCUAUAGAUCAGCCAAGGAAAUGAAGAGCAGGUACCAGAGGAAGAUGGUCUCCCUUCUCAGCUACUCUCUCUCAGAAAAGAGCUUGCCUUCCUCUGUUCCCGAAGUGGUCUCCUACAAGGGUUCAACAGAUUCCUCUACCAAAAGGUCUGAUCCUGUCAUGGCAAUAGGAAAGAGGUGCCAGAAGAACUAUAGUCCAAGAAGCCAAGUGUAAAAUAACUCAGUAGCCUUACUGAGUCUCCCUCCUUUCCUCAAACCAGUGGUCUAAUGGUAAGGCCUUCCAAGGAGUAUGAUAGUCUCCAGUGACACACCUCCAAAG